UUUGUCAUACCUACUGUUUUUUAAACUGAGGCGUAAUCUGACAGUAAUUUCAAAACCGUUCGCCUUUAAUGACCUAAGGAAGGGUUUAAUUGAUUCUGUGUAGACACUGCGCCUGCGCCCUUGGGGCGAGAGGGCCUUUGCGACAUCCCGAGCGAGCUGAGCAGAAGGAGCGAGUGAUGUUGUUGGGCCUGGAGAGGCGCCUUACUCAGUGUUCAUGAUGGUCCGUAGUGGAAAAAAUGGUGACCUUCAUCUUAAACAGAUUGCAUAUUAUAAACGAACUGGUGAAUAUCAUCCAACAACACUGCCAAGUGAGAGAAGUGGCAUACGAAGAGCAGCAAAAAAAUUUGUCUUCAAAGAAAAAAAGCUGUUUUAUGUUGGAAAAGACAGAAAACAAAAUCGUUUGGUAAUUGUUUCAGAAGAGGAAAAAAAGAAAGUCCUUAGAGAAUGCCAUGAAAAUGACACUGGAGCUCAUCAUGGCAUAUCCAGAACCCUCACGCUGGUGGAAUCCAAUUACUAUUGGACUUCUGUGACCAAUGAUGUCAAACAGUGGGUGUAUGCUUGCCAGCAUUGCCAAGUGGCAAAAAAUACAGUUAUUCUAGCACCUAAACAGCAUAUUCUCAAGGUGGAAAAUCCAUGGAGUAUAGUUACUGUUGAUCUGAUGGGACCUUUUCAUACAAGCAACAAAAGUCAUGUAUAUGCUAUAAUCAUGACAGAUUUGUUCACAAAAUGGGUUAUGAUUUUGCCUCUGUGUGAUGUUUCAGCAUCAGAGAUUUCUAAAGCUAUUAUCAAUAUAUUUUUCUUAUAUGGACCUCCUCAGAAAAUAAUAAUGGACCAAAGAGAUGAAUUCAUUCAACAGAUUAAUGUUGAACUGUAUGGAUUGUUUGGCACAAAGCAAAUUGUAGUUUCUCACACCUCUGGAACUGUUAAGCCAACUGAAAGUACACCUAGCACAGUCAAAACAUUUCUCUCUAAACACUGUGCUGAAUACCCAAACAAUUGGGAUGAUCACCUAUCAGCUGUUUCAUUUGCCUUCAAUGUAACUCACUUGGAGCCUACUAAAAAUACACCAUAUUUUCAAAUGUUUCAUCGAAAUCCUUAUAUGGCUGAGACUUCAGAUAGUCUUCAUGAAGCUGAUGGUGAUAAUACAAGUAUGUUUACCAGAAUUCUAGAUGCAGUUAAAGAAGCUGAUAAAAUAAUGGAAAGUAAGACAACUUCAGUGGGCCAGGUGGAAAACAACAAUUUGGAUGAACUAAAUAAAAGCAAGAUCAUUGUUAAAAAGAAACCAAAGCAAUUAAAUCCUUUUCAUUUAAAAGUGGGUCAUGAAGUUUUAAGACAAAGGAAAAAUUGGUGGAAGGAUGGUCGUUUCCAGUCUGAAUGGGUUGGUCCUUGUGUCAUAGACUAUAUUACAGAAAGUGGAUGUGCUGUCCUGAGAGACAACACUGGGGCUAGACUUAAAAGACCUAUCAAAAUGUCCCACCUUAAGCCCUAUGUAAGAGAAUCCAGUGAACAAGACAGUCUUUAUCUGUUGCAAGGUUCAGUAGUGGCAGAUCAUGACUACAUCGGAUUGCCUGAAAUUCCAGUCGGAGCAUACCAAGCAAAUAUUCUAGUGGAAGAUGCAACUAUUGGUAUAGUUGAUAAUGAAUUACUGACAUCAAGCAAAGAUCGUGAACUAUUAGAAUAUAGAAAUGCCAAAAUCUCUCCAUUGAUAGAAGAUCAUGGGACUCUUGAAAAACAGACUUUCAGUCUGUUGGACUCUUCAAACCAAGUUCUUGAGUACUUAAAAGGAGGAAGUUUGAACACAGACUCAGGGAGAUUGCCAUGUGAAGAUGAAGGCAGAGAUCGAGAUGAUGCUUCCACAAACCAAGAAAUGGCAAAGAUUGCCAGCAAUCCACCAGAAUUUAGGAGUGGCAUAGAACAGAUUCAUCCCUACAGCCCUCAGAAGGAAGGAAGGAACCCCAUCAAUAUCAUCUCAGACUUCUGCAUCCAGAACUGUAAAAUAAUAAAUUCUGUUGUUUAUAGCCACCCAAUUUGUGGUAGUUUGUUAUAAUAGACCUAGCAAACUAAUACAAAUGACCAGCUAAAUUAUUUUCUGAGACCAAAAACCACUAAAAGUCUUUGUAUAGGAAAGUGUCAUGAUCAGAACUAUAUUUUAGGAAGAUUAAUCUGGCAAGUAGUAAAGAAUAGAUUAAAGAAAGGGAGAAAAACAUCAUGGAGAUUAAUUGAUAGGACUUUGCAAUCAUGAUGAGUAGUAUAAUAAAAGCCGAAACUAGGCCUGUUGUAGCAUUGUUAAUGAAUGGAGUCUAAAGAUUAUUACAGAAUAUUCCACAUAUUUUAUCACAAUCAUACUGAACAGUGAUAUGUAAUAUUAAAAAUGGAGACCUGAAGUAUUAUAAUUACUUAUUUACAAAGAAAGAUUAAAUUAUAGUUAAUAUAGGCUGAAGAAUAAAUGAUCAGGGAAGAAAUCAAUCUAGCACCUCUUCCUAUGCCACAUACCAAAUAAAUUCUAGAUAGAAUUCCAGAAAGAACCCUUAAGAAAGCAUAGUUAUAUAAAACAAUGAUACCAAUCCUGCUGUGCUCAGCAGAACAAAACAAAACAAAAGUUCAUGAGGGAGUCAUAUUAGACCAUCUCCUUGGUAAGUGGCUGUGUCACUUUUUUGUAGUGAUCUUCUGACUUCAAAAUUGGCCUCUUACCACCCCCCAUUUUAAAAGGGCAGUCAAUAUUCAGAGUCAUUUUAGAAUUACAUAUUCUAAACAUUUUAAAAACAUUUUUCUUCUAAGUUAUUUCUCAUCAAAUAGACUUUUAUCCUUAUAUAUAGUCAUGUUAGGCUAGGUUAUUCUGUGUCUGCAAACCUACCCCCAAAUUUUAGUGGCUUAAAGCUUUAUGUAUUGGUCAUCCCACAUAUCCCUGUUGGUUCAUCAAGUGCUUGGCUCCGUUUUCAUUAUCACUCCAAGAUAUAGGGUGAUGGUGCCCAACCUCUAGAAUCAUGUCAUCAUGGCAAGGGAAAGAGCACAGUGAAAUAAGCACUGGAUCUUGAAAGAAUUACUGUAAAAUACACAUCUUUCUUACAAUGAUUAAACGUAGGCACACACUGUAAGUAGGUACAGGGUUUCUUUUUGUAGUAAUGACAAUGUUCUAAAAUUAGUAGUGAUGGUUUCAUAACUCUGAAUAUACUUUAGUAUACUUUAGCUACUGAAAUGUACAAUUUAAAAGGGUGCUCUAGGUAGGCCCCCAUGGCUGAGGGUCUAAGUCUGCCCCAGUAGACCCCUACAGCAGGCUGGGCCCCUCAGUAUCCCUCCAGGUGGCCUGCCUGAAACCUCUGGACAAGCAAACUUGUGAAGGUCUUUCCCUGCUGAAGUCAGUCUGUAAGGACUGGAAAAGGUGGCUACUUCUACAAAUGUGUAGACAGCAACACAAGGCUGCAAGAAUCAUAGUAAAAUAUGAUACCACCAGAGCAACAAAAAAAGCACUAGUAACUGACCCUAAAAAUUGCCUGAGAAAGAAUUCAAAGUGAUUGUCUCAAAGAAGCUCCAUGAGCUACAAAAGGACACAGAUGAUUAACAAAAAUCAGGAAAAAAAUACUUGAAGAAAAUAAAAUCAUUAAAAAAAAAUCAAAUUCUAGAGUUGAAGAACACAGUAACUAUACUGAAAAAUUCAAUAAAGAGGUUCAACAGCAGACUCUAUCAAGUGAAAUAAAGAAUUAGUGAGCUCAAAGAGGGCAUUUGGAAUUAGCCAGUCAGAAGAUCCAAAAAAAAGAAAAAAAUGUGAAGAGAGCCUAUGGUACUUAUGAGAUACCAUCAAGUGAACCUAAAUAUGCAUUAUGGGAAUCCUAGAGAAGCAGAGAAAGAGAAAAGGGAAGAAAGCUUAUUUAAAGACAUACUGACAGAAAACUUCCCAUAUCUGGAGAAGGAAAUGAAUAUUCAGAUCCAUGAAUCACAAAGAACCCCCUCUAGAUUAAGGAAAUCUUCACUAAAACUUAAUCAAAUUCUCAAAAGUCAAAUACAAAGAAUUUUAAAAGGGAGAUACAAAAUAACCUUUAUAAGACUGUCAGCAGAUAUCUUAGCAGAUACCUUGCAGACCAGGAGAGUGGGAUGAUAUAUUCAAGUUAAAUACCCAGCAACCAAGACUAUUGUACUCAGCAAGAAAUGUAGGAGAGAAAAAGACUAUUCCAGACAAAAGCUAUGGGAAUUCAGCACACUGAAUUCUUAGAGUAGCUGAAUGGAUUUAGAAAACAACAAGCUCCAACGUAUGAUAUCUACAAGGGACUUCAGAUGAAGGGCACAAAGACUGAAAAUGAAGGAAUGGAAAAGAUAUUCCAUGCAAAUGGUAACAAAAGAGAGCAGGGUGGCUACACUCACAUCACACAAAAUCGACUUUAAGUCAAAAUCUUUCACAAGGUACAAGGUAAUUAUAUAAUAAUAAAGGAUCAUUGCAUCAGGAGAAUAUUAUAAUUGUAAAUAUAUAUACAGCCAACA